AUGGCAUUACAUGCCAUUAUUAACGCUGUGAUUGGUGUGUUUCGUCUCUACUUGUUCAUCACGUCCACGUUUCACCGUUCGGAGCCUCGUCCGGAAUUGUCACCGAAUCCGGACUUUUACCAGUCGCACAUAAACAAUAUCAAUAGGCUUGUAAGGGGUAAUGACGUGGACUGCCACGAGCAAUUGAGGGUGAAUAGGCAUACUUUUUUAAGACUUUGUUGUUUAGUCCGAGGUGUUGGGUUAAGGGACUCACGAAACGUAUGUCUUGAGGAGAGGGUAGCAAUAUUUUUGUUCAUCCUCUCUCACCAUACGAAGCAGAGGCGUACGAAAUUUGAUUUCUAUAGAUCUACUGAGACAAUAAGUAGGCAUUUCAAUGUUGUACUCCAAGCUGUCUUGCGCCUACACCGAAUGCUCCUAGUGACACCCGAGCCUGUACCUGCUAACUACCAUGACACCAGGUGGAAUUGGUUUCAGAAUUGUCUUGGGGCAUUGGAUGGGACGUACGUCCCAGUAAAUCCCCCGGCCGUUGACAGGGCACGAUAUAGGUCAAGGAAGGGUGAAAUUGCUACAAAUGUCUUAGGUGUAUGUACUCGAGACCUAAAAUUUGUCUAUGUAUUGUCUGGUUGGGAAGGCUCGGCCACUGACUCUAGAAUCCUUGGGAAUGCCAUGGAAAGACCCCACGGUCUCAAAGUCUCCCAUGGACAUUAUUACCUUGUUGAUGCUGGCUAUACCAAUGGGAAUGGUUUUUUAGCCCCAUACCGUGGCCAACGAUAUCACAUUAACAUUUGGAGGCAAGGUCAUAUGCCAACAAGCAAAGAGGAGUACUUCAACAUGAAACACUCUGCCGCUAGGAAUGUCAUUGAGAGAAGCUUUGGGGUUCUCAAGAUGCGGUUUGCAAUUUUGAGAUCUCCCUCCUAUUACCCGAUAAGGACUCAAUGUCGUAUCGUGUCGGCAUGUUGUCUUCUUCAUAAUCUAAUUAAGAGAGAGAUGCCUAAUGAUCCAAUUGAACACGAGUACACAGCGUGGGAACAAGCACAUAUUAACGAUGUCCCUGUUGAUGAUCACAUUGGUGCCGUAGAGAGUUCCAAUGAGUGGACCGCAGGGAGGGAUGCUCUUGCGGCAGCCUUGUAUAACCAAUGGUUAGGCAAUGGUGGGGGACAAGUGGAGGGCAUCAUUCCUUGA